CGACUUAGGAGAAAAAUCACUAAUCAGGGUGAACUAUCCAAAGACUUUAACCAGUCACUGUAUCUAAAACGCUGUCGUUGUAAAAGUUAUAACCGUGAAUCAAUCCUAGGAUGUCCGGUUGUGCGCAUAAUCCCAGAAGUGGGAAGUCACAUUCGAAAAGUUUUAACCUCGAGUCCACCGAAUUUCAGUUCUUUACGUAUUCCUAUUUGUCUUUACUAAUCCUUCUGUCUUCAACUCUUCAUUCCGUUUUCUUCUUGUUCUAUUUUCUAUAUGAUACCUAUGGUGGGUGCGAUUUAAAUCCUACCCAUUUCAAACUCUUAGUUGUUCUUAGCUCAAAUUCCAUUCGCCAUUGCCCAGUGCUCGCUACUUUCCAGCUUCCACUGCAACCAGGUUCAGGUGAAGAGCUUGAGUUAAUUCGGGAUCCUGGAAGAUUUUCAUGUUUCUUGAGAUAUCGAAGCAUUUUGAUUGUCAUAUGCACUUUGAUUGAGCAAGUUAUAUGGGGACUGAGUCGUGGUUUAGUAAUUUAUGGUUGAAUCCAUGGAAAGGUGCGCCAGAGACUGACAAGGCAGCAAUUGGAGUUAUGGCAUUUGAAGUUGCAAGUUUGAUGUCCAAGGUCGUCCAUUUAUGGCAUUUCUUGAGUGACGAGGAGAUAUGUAGGUUGAGAAAAGAGAUUGUGAAUUCAAUUGGGAUUCGAAAGCUUGUAGCUGAUGAUGAUGAUUAUGUUAUGGAUCUUGCACUAAAUGAGAUAAUGGAGAAUUUUGGACUCGUAUCAAGAUCUGUUGCCAGGCUCGGGAAGAAAUGCAUAGAUCCUCUUUUUCACCGUUUUGAACAUUUUGUUAAUAACCCACUUCAGAACAAUCUUGAAUGGUAUGGGUUUGAUUAUAGAUUGAAAAAGAUGGAAAGGAAAGUGAAAAAGAUGGAGAGAUUUGUUACAUUUACCAUGCAACUGUCUCAGGAGCUUGAAGUUCUUGCAGAGCUUGAGCAAACUCUAAGGAGAAUGCGUUCAAAUCCUGAUCUAAGUAGAGUGAAAUUGCUAGAGUUUCAGCAGAAGGUGAUGUGGCAACGUCAGGAAGUUAGAAACUUACGUGAGUUGUCUCCAUGGAUUAGAACUUAUGAUUACAUUGUCCGGCUUCUGGCAAGAUCACUCCUAACAAUACUUCAGAGGAUCAAGCAUGUUUUUGAGAUUAGCCAACUGUCAUCCCAGGAGGGAAACAAUGGCCAUGAACAUGUGAAUCCUACUUGUGUUCCACGGAGCCGAUCCUUUUCUGCCAUGCACUCAUCCAUAUAUCCUUCAGAGAGUAUUUUAUGUGGAUUAUCUUCAGGACCUGUGGGAAGGUCUGAUUCAAAGUCAGGAAUUAUAGCUGAGAAGAAUAAAAUAAACAAGCAGCUACAACUUCAUCAUCAAUCAUCCACUCUGCAUGGAAAGCAACAUCACUUUAGAACCAGCCGAUUGGCUUAUGUUGGACCUUUCAAAGAAUGCAUGAUGAGCGGAUCUGAGUCUCCUCUUCUGCAGCCAUGUGUCUGUGAUUCUGUAGAGUUCACUUGUGAUUAUAUGAAAAGUGUUGGCAAAAUGGAAAACUUGAAUAUGGGAUCUCUUACUUGCAGUAAUAGAAUUUAUUCUAAAUUAGCCCUUUUCAGUUCGAAGCAUGGAUUGUUGAAUGCCCUUCCAUCUACUGUUGGUCAUGCUGCUUUAGCUCUCCACUAUGCAAAUUUGAUUGUAUUGGUUGAGAGGCUAGCUUCAUCACCUCACAUGAUUGACUUUGAAACAAGAGAUGACCUAUACAAUAUGUUACCCACAAGUAUACGAGCUGCUCUGAGAACUAGGCUCAAGGCUGCUGGCAAAUCUCUAUCUCCAUCUGCAUUUGAUGUUUCCCUUGCAGCAAAUUGGAGCCUGGUGCUCACGAAAAUACUGGAAUGGUUGUCUCCACUGGCUCAUAACAUGAUAAGAUGGCACUCUGAGCGAAAUUUUGAGAGGGAGCAAGAGGCUUCAAGGACAAAUGUGCUUCUGGUACAAACACUCCAUUAUGCAAAUCAAGCAAAAACUGAGGCGGCAAUUACAGAGCUUCUUGUAGGCCUCAACCACAUAUGCAGGAUUAAUCGAGACCCUAAAGGUUGGCCAGGGUCUUCUGGGUGCAGAGUUGAAGUUAGGUGCUGAAAAGGGAAGACUGUAUAUGCAAUAGGGAAAAGAGUACAACAGAGAUGUUUCUCCAAGCAGGUGGGUAUGGCUACUGGAUAAUGCUUCCAUGAGCUACUUCUAAAGGCAUGUCGUCCAUUGCUAAGGUGCCGUUUUGAUCAAUCAUCAAUCAUCUGUUUACACAGCAGGUUAAUUUUGGUCUUAGGGUUUUUCCAGGUAAGGUGUAUGUUAUCUUGUAAUAUAAAGCUUUCUAUAGUAUCAGGAAUCGCAAAAUUUUCAACUUUUUGAGCAA